AUGGACAUAACUAGUUUUCUUGACAGUGCCGGGCUGACACAUUUGUCGCAGCGUAUGGUGGAGGAGGGAGUGACACUUGAUUUUUUGCUGCAAGCAAAUGAUGAAGAGUUGUCUGAACUGACAACAAAAGUUGCAGACAAAAUAAGACUGAGAUCUUCAUUAGAGAAAAUUAGACAAAAAAACGCCCCUUUUAUGAAUGACCCCGUACUGUUCUCUCCAAGGUCCAGCGCAUGCAGCAGCCCAGUGCCAGUAGCUUUGCCUGAAAGGCAAAGUAUAUUAAUUCUAGGACCAAAUGGAACUCUUGAGGGUACUCCAUUAGAGAUCAGACCAAGUGUACAGCCCACUAUACAACAGAUCACACCUGUGCAACCACCUACGAUACCGGCCACACCUGUGCAGCCUCCACAGCCUCCACAGGCGUUGCAAGAUUAUAAUAGGGAAGGAUACUUCAAACCAAAGUUGGUGAGGAACAAGCAAAUUCAACCGCGUUGCUGGGAAUUGUUGCUUUGCUCCGGCAAAUGCACACUAUCGCAGUACCGAAAAAAAAAGUGUGGAGGCUGUCAAGGCACGAGGCAAGCACUGGUUUCCUGGCGCGCGUUGCAGCAGCGUCAGAGAUUGCCACAUAUUGCCCUCAACAAGAGGCAUUCAACCUCUCAAAAGGCAUAGAAUCAACCAUACAUACUUGCGGUCGGACCUUCAUGGGCUAAUAUACACAGGUAUGAAAUUGUUACCACUGCUGGAGGGCUAAGAUAUCAAGUAUCCACCAUUUGUGAGACUAUAAAGGUGACGUAUAAUUUAUACUGGGCAUUGGACUUAGCGUACCCUAAGGUAGCUGCACCUUGUUGGAUGUUUAUCCAACGGGCCAUAUUUAAGAUGAAAUUUAAGUUUGACUCUGAAGGAGUUCUAUUAAGAGAACUACUUUCGCUAUUAAAUUCGCUUGAUUAAACUUUUGAACGCCUUUUGAUAAGUGUCUCGCGCCAUUAAACUAAUUUACUAAUAAACCAUAUUUGAUAAUACCUAGCUUGAUACAGUUGCGUUGACAUUAACACGGCGUUCUUGAAGUCCAAGGGGAUAAAGCAGCUACACUUCUUUGCACGAAUAUUGUAGAAAAAAGGAAAAUGACUACUUGUGCGGUAUGCAACACUUCCUUUGGCAGUUUUAUUCGGUUGAGGAAGCACAUGGCUUUUUAUCAUAAAUAAGUUACAACUUUGAUGAUCAUUACUUUGCAUACCGUGAUCAAGAAGCUCCUUCCGAAGAUGAGCCCAUAUAUCUUGAUUAUGACACUAUGCAUUAUCAUUUUCCUUGCAAUCUCAUCAAUAUGAGGCAUGGUGGGCUGACUAUGAAAUAUGUUUUUUGCGUAAGCCAUUGUAAUGUAAUUAAGUGUACUCAUUACUACUGUUACUGUUCCGAUUAAAGGUUCCGGCAUAUUGAAAGCAGUUUCACCGCUGUACUAAUAAAACAUUCCUCCUAUACACGCUGAUGUUGGUCUCUGACGCGUCGGUCACAUGCAGGAAUAAACACAAUGCUCUAUGAGACGCCGCAAAGCGACGCUGAUAGAUCUGCCGCGCAGACAUGAGUAUCGCUGUGCGGUGUCCCAUACCUACAACAUUGUUUAUUGGUACGCUUGACCGAUACCAGCGUUAGCAGGAAAUCAACCCUUAAAAGCGCAACUGUCCGCAACCGCGUUUGACCCGCUUUACUACAGCCAUUAUGACAGUUUGCGCGGCCCCACAGGGUCAUUGACGUCAUUGUAUAACUUCAACCCAAUCCGGAAAAUAACGCAAAUGUAUGUUCUAAAUAAACUAAAGCUGACACUCAGCUCAUACGUUUCCGUUGUUUUUCAAUUAGCAACAACCCUUUCGGCUCGGCCACGAC